AUGGCGAGAACACAGGCCAUACCCCGAACAAGCGUUCCUUUACCGAUCAUCCCAUCCACGGAGGCAAUGAGCCGACACUCUACCCCCGAGUAUUCACCUCCUUCACCGCGGCAAUCACAGGAGAGCCAAGAAGGGGACGAUAGCUCUGAAUCGGAAGGAAGCCAAUUCGACAGUGAAAGCGAGACUGCCGACAUUCACCAGCCCAUCACACCAUGCAGGACACCUAGACUGCCAAAGACUCCUCGGGCCAAGACUCCAGAGACAGAACCAUCUGAUUCAGUUAUGUCGUCCAAGAAGCACCGGGACAUCUUGGAUAAAUGCAUAGAAGGAUCACCUAGAACGCAAAAGAGGUAUCGUGACGACUUAAUUCUGGAUCGUGGGGAUCUAGAGAAAGAGAAUGCUCGUCUGAAAGAGAGGGUUGAGCUUUUGGAACAGUUUGCGGUUAAGAGAUCGAGACUCGACUGA